GAUUGCUCUGGAUCUGAUUGCAGAUUGAGUCAUACACACCUAGGAGCAUUAACAAUGCAUACACUUCUGCUUGUCCUGGUCACAUCUAGACUGGUGUUAUUUCAGACAAUGGGCCUGACUGCACAUCUUGAACCAGAUGCAGACUUCCUUGAAGAUGCACGGGCUGAAGGUUUUAUAGUCAGCACUGAAGAGCCUACCAAAACUGAAAAACCACAGGAUAAUAACAAUGGCAUUAUCACCCAUGACUCACUUAACCUAGAAGCAAGCCAGUCCCAGUUUCAGAAAGAUAGUCUGCCAACAGGAACUAUAGCCAAAACUCCAGAGGCUAGUGCCGAGCUCACCAGAGAAAAUACUAAGGAACUUCCUAAGGAUGAGAGUGCUGCUGUUUUGAAGAGAGUUGGCUCAAGAAAAAACACUGCAUCAACCUCUGAGGAGAAUGCUGAAGGUUCUGGUAUCCUCAUUGAGGAAGUUAUUAAGCUGCAUGCUUCAGUGAUACAUCCCACCAUGGAAAAUGCUGCUGCAGUGGACAUUGAAAGUGAAAAGUCAGGCGUGAGUUCAAAGACUCUCAAUGAGAAGCAAUUUGAUCUGGAUGGAUCUGGGAUGGGGUCAAGCAAUAUUGACGAAAAUGAUGCUGAAUUCGUAAUGAGCAAAACCAAUGUGGAAGCAAAACAACCCUUUGAUUCAAGUAAUACAGAGAACACAGGUAUUCCAUCAUCUAAUCACUAUGAUGUAUAA